CCGGCCUGGUCCUCGUGCCCGCGCAGUCUCCGCUGCAGUCGCGGCAGUGGCCGGGAAGAGCUUCGAACCCAGAGGAGAAUCCCGGAGGAGACCCCCGGAGCAGCGGGAAACUUCGCAGCUCCGCCCGCACCCCCUGAGUUCCCUGGGCAGGCUAACUCCCUGCUGAGCCUGGAGCUCAAGUCCUGCACAGCAGACCUGGAACUGGCGGCUGCCUGCAGCAUGGCACCACUGCUCCUGGCUCUGAUGGCAGCCCUAGCCAUGGCUCGGGUCCUCGAAGCGGACGUCCUGGAUACCGACAGCUCGGAGGACCGCGCAUUCCGUGUGCGCAUCGCUGGGGCCCACGCUGCGCCGCUGCAGGGCGUGCUGGGCGGCGACCUCACCAUCCCGUGCUAUGUCCAUGCCCUGCGGCCACGGGGCCGCGCCGCACCGGGCUCCCCGAGGGUCAAGUGGACUUUCUUGGCCGGUGGUCGCGAGACUGAGGUGCUGGUGGCACGCGGGCUGCGUGUCAAGGUGAGCGAGGCCUACCGAUUCCGAGUGGCACUGCCAGCCUACCCCGCUUCGCUUACGGAUGUGUCGCUGGUUCUGAGCGAACUACGGCCCAACGACUCCGGUAUCUACCGCUGUGAGGUCCAGCAUGGCAUCGAUGACAGCAGCGAUGCGGUGGAGGUCAAGGUCAAGGGGGUUGUUUUUCUCUACCGAGAGGGCUCUGCCCGCUAUGCUUUCUCCUUUGCCGGGGCCCAGGAAGCCUGUGCUCGGAUAGGCGCCCGCAUUGCCACACCUGAACAGCUUUACGCCGCCUACCUUGGGGGCUACGAGCAGUGCGAUGCUGGCUGGCUGUCUGACCAGACUGUGAGGUAUCCCAUCCAGACACCACGAGAGGCCUGUUACGGAGACAUGGAUGGCUUCCCUGGGGUGCGAAACUAUGGAGUGGUGGACCCAGAUGACCUCUAUGAUGUGUACUGCUAUGCUGAGGACCUAAAUGGAGAGCUGUUCCUAGGUGCUCCCCCAGACAAGCUGACAUUGGAGGAGGCCCAGGAAUACUGCCGGGAGCGGGGUGCAGAGAUCGCCACCACAGGCCAGUUGUAUGCAGCCUGGGAUGGUGGCCUGGAUCGCUGCAGCCCCGGCUGGCUGGCUGAUGGCAGCGUGCGAUACCCCAUCGUCACACCUAGCCAGCGCUGUGGUGGGGGCCUGCCUGGUGUCAAGACCCUCUUCCUCUUCCCCAACCAGACCGGCUUCCCCAACAAGCACAGCCGCUUCAACGUCUACUGCUUCCGAGACUCUGCCCACCCUUCUGCCAUCCCUGGGGUCUCCAACUCAGCCUCUGAUGGGCUAGAAGCCAUUGUCACAGUGACAGAGACCCUGGAAGAGCUGCAGCUGCCUCUAGAAGCUAUGGAGAGCGAGUCCCGAGGAGCCAUCUACUCCAUCCCUAUCAUGGAAGAUGGGGGAGGUGGAAGCUCCACUCCUGAGGAUCCAGCAGAGGCCCCCAGGACCCUUCUAGAAUUCAAAACUGCAUCCACUGUACCACCCACGGGGUCCUCAGAAGAGGAGGACGAGGCAUUGGAGGAGGAAGAAUACAAGGAAGAAGAAGAGACAGAGGAAGAAGAGAAGGAGGAAGUGGAGGAUGAGGACGCGUGGGUGUGGCCUGGGGAACUCAGCAGCCCUGUCCCCAUGGAAGAAUCAGAGAACUCACUCUCCCAGGCAUCUUCAGUCCUGCAGCCAGGCACAUUAUCACCCCCUGAUGGACAGUCGGAAGCUCCCAGAUCUCCAAGGCUCCGUAGGCCACCUACUGAGACUCUCCCCACUACCAAAGAGGGGAGCCUAGCAUCCCUGUUGCCUUUCACUCCAGCUGGGGCGAGAGAGGAGGGGGAGGAAACUGGGGGUCCUGAACUCUCUGGGGUCCCUCAAGGAGAAAGUGAGGAGGCAGGGAGCUCCGAGGACACUCCACCCCUGCUUCCUGCCACACCAGCCCUUGAGGGUACCAGGGACCUGGAGGCCCCCCCGGAAGAGAACUCUGGAAGAAGCACCCCAGCAGGGACUUCAGUGCAGGCCCCACCCGUGCUGCCCACUGACAGUGCCAGCCAAGGUGGAGUGGCCGUGGCCCCCUCAUCAGGUGACUGCAUCCCCAACCCCUGCCACAAUGGAGGGACGUGCUUGGAGGAGGAAGAGGGGAUCCGCUGCCUGUGUUUGCCUGGCUAUGGGGGACACCUGUGUGAUAUUGGACUCCGCUCCUGCAGCCCAGGCUGGGACAGCUUCCAGGGCGCCUGCUACAAGCACUUCGCGGCACGCCGCAGCUGGGAGGAAGCGGAGAGCCAGUGCCGGCGGCUGGGCGCGCACCUGGCCAGCGUGCGCACGCCCGAGGAGCAGGCCUUCAUCAACAAUCGCUACCGGGAGUACCAGUGGAUCGGGCUGAACGACAGGACCAUCGAAGGCGACUUCCUGUGGUCGGAUGGUGUCCCUCUGCUCUACGAGAACUGGAACCCUGGGCAGCCCGACAGCUACUUCCUCUCCGGAGAGAACUGCGUGGUCAUGGUGUGGCACGACCAGGGGCAGUGGAGUGACGUCCCCUGCAAUUAUCACCUGUCCUACACCUGCAAGAUGGGGCUAGUGUCCUGUGGGCCCCCACCGGAGCUGCCGCUGGCUCAAGUGUUCGGCAGUCCGCGCCUGCGCUACGAGGUGGACACGGUGCUUCGCUAUCGGUGCCGCAAAGGGCUGGUCCAACGCAACCUGCCGCUGAUCCGCUGCCGGGAAGAUGGGAGUUGGGAGUCUCCGCGGAUCUCCUGUGUGCCCCGCAGGACUGCCCGCGCUCUGCACCCAGUGAAGACCUCAGAAGAAUACCAGGAAAGGCUACCGGGCUACUGGAGGGCACUGCUGACCCCUCCUUCUGGCCCUACUCCUGGCUCUAAAGGAACAAGGCCUUAAACACUGCUUUCCCUGGCACCACCUGCCACCCCCGCCAUCCCUGUGUCCUUGGAACCACAGGAAGUGACAGCAUGAGAGGUGGAGAGCUGGGCCCCUGACAGAGGCUUCUGGGAAGCACUCCAGCCUGGCCCCGCCUUCUCUCCCCUAUCCUGGGCCUAAGGUUUUCCCUCAGGGUAAUGGGUAAGACUUAGGUGCCUCACCCACCCUCUCCCUACCAGCCAUCCUGCCCACUUGUUUCUCUAGGGUGUACUGUGCCCACUCAUUCCUGAUAUUCAUAGGGAGAGGGUUUAUAGGAUGGAGUACCAGUAACACCAGCAGGAAAUAAAGUUGUGCUUAAGCCUAAACAA